UUGUAUAAUUGUUUUUUUGUGUUGUCAUGCGAGGUAAUUUGGAUGCCACCAAGGCCACAUUUUGUGCUGUUUGCCCAGAGGAGGAUGGAGGGUCAUGGAUGAAGAAGUGCAUCUCCUUCGGGGCAGAUGGUGCCUCCGUGAACAUGGGCCACCGUGGGGGAGUAAUUGCCCACCUGCAGAUUGAGGCAGGGGGGCAUAUAAUCCCAAUCCACUGUAUGCCACAUAGACUAGAGCUGGCAAUACUGGCCAUUCAGAAGAAAGAGCCAAAGGUGUCUGUCCUGUACGAUCUUCUGAAUCUGAUAUGGAAGACGUAUCACUUCAGCGAAAAAUCCAAACGAGAACUCUAUGUUCUCGGGCAAGAGCUCGGUGUGGAUAUUUGCACAUCGUCUAGCGUCAAGGGAACUUGCUGGAUCUCCCAUGUCCACAGAGCCCUCAAAGUGUUCCUACGGCAUGCACAAGACAAGUACCUUGCCACUGACGAAGGCCAGUACUCCGUUGUUCUGCAGCACAUGGAGCACCUGGCCAUAGUAUCAACAACAGCGGAAGUUCAAGGACGGGCAAAGAAGGGAAUAACGUUGAAGGAGAAUCUGAAAGGCUUCACGGACCUCACCAAUCCCCAGCUGAAGCAGCACAUGGAGGCGGCCAUCAACAUCAGCGUGGAUGAUCUCAAAGCCAGGUUUGGUGAUUUGCUGAAGGAUGAGGGUGUCCAGACCCCAGUGGAGUCUUUCAGAGUGCUAAACCCUGACACAUGGCCAGAAGACCAGGCCAGCCUUCUCACCUUUGGCGAUGAUGGUGUGGCAUACCUGAUGAGGCAUUUCAAGGAGCCUCUAAAGAGAUCGGGGUGCAACAUGGCUGCAAUCCAGGAUGAGUGGCAGGGGCUGAAAAUCCUGGUCAGCCACAAUUUCAAGGACAAGUCCUACAGUGGCCUGUGGGAGACCAUGUUGACAAAGGACCCCUACAGGCACGAUUACAAGAACAUCCUGGAGUUGGUGCAGCCCAUUUCAGCCGCCCAGUGUGAGCGAGGCUUCUGUGCGCAGCACCGGAUUAAGAAUUCGACAAGAAGCUGCCUUGGGGUCUCCACCACCGAUGAGGAUCAGCCUUGAGGGGCCUUCUGUCGAGGAGUUCGAUCCCACUCCUGCCGUGGACCGCUGGCUGACUUCUAAGCGUGCCAGACAGCCAACAUACAAAAGCAGCUGGACAACUGAUAUCCUUUGCGUCUAGUAGGCAUGGGUCAAUGUGUGAUUUUGGUGGUUUGUGCUGUUCCACAGAUGUGUGUCCCU